AUGCUGACAGAAUUGCUGGGGAGACUGAAAAGAAAUGGAAGGAAGAAGGACCCAGCUGCUGCAGUGCAUUCGGCAACUUGGUCCUCCACAACUUCCUCAAAUGUUUCCCUAGUCAAGUCCAGCAAGCCAUUGUCCCAUGCUAAUCCAUCCGGGAAACUUCGUCCGCCAGCGAAUGACGCAAACAGAGUUGGCGAUAUUGGCGGCCUUCCACCAACAAAUCUAUCGGUGACUCCUUCCAGACUCCAGCGCCCAGGCUUGACGAAUCUCUGGGAGAGGGCAAACGAGACUCUGCGGAACGACCCCGAUUCCGAGAAAAGGGAGCUGGCCCAAAGUUAUGCCGAGAUUUUAGCCUCGGAACUUGCUGGGCCAGAGUCUGGGCCUUUGGACACCGAUCCGGCUCAUCUCAAACAAGAGAUAGUGGCAGAACGUUUGAACGCUAGAGUGGAAAUGCUUAGCCAUGAGCAACUGUCCAUCUCUGUCGGAAGCCGCGAGCUUGAUAUUGAACCCUUGCUUCGGAACGUAUCGAAACACAUCGUUGCAGCGAGGGACCUCAUUAGCAGUGCUGCUGGCGCCGACCCCCACGCCGCCCUAGCGUGUGCCGGUGGACUCGUCAUUCUUACCUUUCUUAUCCGCCCAUUGGAGCAGAGAGAACACAUACUCAGAGGGCUUGAACUGACCUCUUCACUCAUCUGUCGAUACUUUGCGAUGGAGCAGGUUUACCGUUCGAGAGCACGCCUUGAGAGUCUGUCAGCAGAAUUGGCCAGAAAGCUUGUAUUGGAUUUGGAACAAAAUCUGAUCAAGCUGUACUCGAAUAUCAUCGAGUUUCAGGCCAGAGCACUAUGCUAUCUUCAUCGAACCCGAUCGACUCGGUUUAUUAGAGACGUGUUCAGAGGCGAUACAUGGAAGACCCUCAUUGAAGAGAUCGAGAGACUCGAUGCCCACUGCCGUGCUUUCGCAAACCUCAUCACCGACGAAAAGAUUCUCACGUUUCUAGAAUCUCAUUCCGAGAAAGUUGAACAAGUCAUCAUCAACAUCAAUACGCCCCAACCCGUCUCAUUCGAUCUUCUGCGAAGAAGGACAGCGCUUCUCCGCACCCUGUACGCCUGCCCAUACCGCGAUCGUAAAGACAUCAAUUCAGAAAGAGCACCAGGGACCUGCGAGUGGUUCACCGAGCAUGGCUACUUCAGCAAUUGGAUGUCUGCAGUAGACUCGAAGAUCUUGCGAAUUUCGGCAGAUCCUGGCUGCGGCAAGUCAGUGCUCUCGAGAUAUUUGGUAGACGAAAUCCUUCCAAGCACCUCGUUUCGGACGACGUGCUACUUCUUCUUAAAAGAUGAUUUUGAGGAUCAGAAACUUGCUUCCAUUGCGAUGUGUUGCAUUUUGCGGCAGCUCUUCGAGCAAAACCCUGACUUGAUGGACGAGAGAACUUUGGCAAAGUUCGAGGCGGCCGGCGACAACUUAUGCAAUUCAUUUCCCAGUCUUUUCGAGAUGCUACUCGAGGCUUCGAUGAGAGUAGAGAUUGAGUUGAUUUGCAUUUUCGAUGCUCUUGAUGAAUGCAACGCGGAAGAUUGUAGGCAGAUCACUGCUGCACUGAGCAAGUUCUACAUGAACCCCGGUGAGGGCAGCCGCCUUAAAGUCAUCAUCACGUCUAGACCGUACGCCCGCAUUCAGCGAAGCUUACAAAAGCUCGAGACCUCUGUACCGGCUAUCCAUCUGAGGGGCGACAGUGAGUCGCAAUUGAGAAAAAUCUCUGGCGAGAUCGGCGUCGUCAUCCGCCACAGAGUUAGGAGCUUCGCGGAAGCUCAACUACUGGAACCUCAUGAGAUUGAGUUGCUGGAGCAAAGCUUGUCAAACUCACAACAUCGAACCUAUUUAUGGGUCAAGCUCGCACUCGAUUACAUCGAAGACCGUCUCGAGUCUCUUACGAACAAAAGUAUCCAAGCCGUCUUGAGAAGCGUGCCGGAGAAGCUAGACGGGCUAUACGAAAAGAUUCUGGAUCGAAGUGCGAACAAGGAACGAGCCCGAAAGGUUCUACAAAUCAUCCUUGCGGCGUUUACACCGUUGUCUCUUGAUGAAAUAUCCACGGCACUUUGCAUCGAAAAAGAGCACAGCAGGGGCUCACAACUCAUCAAAGAGCCGACUCAUAGGCUUCAGUCAUAUUUGAGAGAAAUCUGCGGGCUGUUUGUGACCGUUGUUGAUGGGAGUGUCUAUCUCCUUCACGAAACUGCCAGAGAGUUCUUGAUCAGAAAUUCGGAUUCUGUGGGGCUUGAUGCGCAUGAUGAAACAUACAAAUCGACCUUGCUACACUCAAUCACACUCCGAGAGUCACACUUAGUUGUGGCAAAAGUAUGCGUCUGGUAUCUCAUGAAGAAGGACUUCGACAUUUCUGCCGGAACUCACUCUGAAUGGGAAAUGGCAACUUAUACUUCGAGGUACUGGGCCCGUCACCUCAACAGCAUCGAUGCACAGGACAUCGAAUAUAUUGCAGAUGAAACGAUGUAUCUCUGUAAAACAGCUCUUAAGCGAGAUGGACCGCUUCAUACUUCCCACCUCAUGCGGAAAUACAGACCCCCGAGAUGGCAUUUCGAUAUUGGGUUUGACAGCCUGGCUUCGUCUUGCUUACACCUACUUGGCAACGUGCGAGGAGGCCCCUUGAUUGUCGCCAUAAUACUUGGCUUCGACUGGGUGGUCUCCAGGCUAUUGAUUGAAGAUCCUCAAGCCGGAAGACAGGUUGACAGAAAAGGAAUCACAGCCCUAUGGUGGGCAGCAUGGGCGGGUAACGCUCAAAUCACGCGCCUUCUCCUUGAACUAUACGAUGAUACAGACUAUGGAGACAUUGCUCUCAAUGGGGUCCGGAGCACCCCUUUGACAGUAGCAAUAGCUCACAAGCACAAUGCUGUGGUACAUGCACUGCUUAAGGAUCCGAGAAUAAGUAUCACCACUCGUUGUCGUGUGCGCCGCAAUUGGACCCCCAUGCACUACGCGAUUGCGGCAGACAACUUCGAACUUUUUCAGCUCCUUUUAGCUGAGGAACGCACUUUUGCCGGCUGGACUUCCGCCGACUUUGCUGAUUUACUGAUGCACUCUAUCAAAUGGGGUAGUGCGCAAACUGUCAAUCACUUAUUCUCUGACAGUCGGUUUGACUUCAACUCUUCGGAUUCAAAGACUUGGCGAACUCAAUUUUGCCAACUUGCGAAUCCAAUGGAAAAGAAUGAACUUCGUCCGAGCUUUUCAGAGGAAGAACGUCUCAACAUGAUGCGAAUUCUUGUGGAAACCCAUCAAGUUGACUUCGCCAGAUCCGAUCGCGGAGGUAGAUCUCCCGUCAGCUGGGCGGCGAGCAGACCCGCCAAUGCGGUCAUUUUGACAUAUUUGCUGGACGAGCUCAACCUUGAGCCAGAUACUCUGGAUAGGCAAGGUCGGAGUCCAUUAUCCUAUAGCGCAGAAAUUUACUGCUACCGGAACAUCGAUGCCUUGCUACGGACGGGAAAAGUCAAUAUCAACUCAGUUGACAACGAAGGUCGGACUCCCCUCAUGAAGGCGACGCAACUCCAAUUUCGGGCGAAGGUCACAAAACGUAAUCCCUCCGAAAGAAAAUACAAAAUGCUGCGCGGCAGUGCGGCAAUUGCUACAUUGAGAUUAUUGGAUCACGCUCCCGAUGUCAAUCUUCAAGACGUCGAAGGGAAUACGGCCCUGAUAAAUGCAGCUCAAAACCGCGUGGUGGAGGGCAUGUCAACGUCCAAGACAUUCAUGGUCGCACAGCGCUAG